CCACGGGACCUGCUCCGUCCAUCUCCUUCACCAUCCUCUCCGUAAACCCUUCUGUUCUAGAGACUAACCUAAAGCAAGGACCAAUUUCUGAACCUUGAAGCCACUGUUCCUCCCCCUGUUGACCGGCCACCAAAUUCGCCUCCAGAGAAAGAAUCCGUUCAUCCCCGACCGUUCGAUCCUUCAGUGUUAAUCCCUCCUUACACCACAAACCAGCACCGGUACUCUACCAAAGGAAGAACCGGGGAUGAUGUUGAUCUUUAAAAUUUUGGUGGUCAGAACCCCUUUCCUCUCCAAUGGCUUUUUGGUGGUGGUGGUGGUGAUGAUGAUGAUGAUAGUCAGCAAAGAUGGUGGUGGGAUGGAAAAACCGGAGGAUGAUGGGAGGCCGAGAGGAGAAGAAGAGUCUCGGUUUUUAUUUUUUUUUCGGCUGCCCAACCUCCGUAUCGAGAGGCUGUUCUUCUUUCAAAAUAUCAGACGUUAGGGUUUUUUGACUGAGGACUUGGGCCAGAUCUACAUGAUCAUCUGCAUGUUAAGAGAAUCUCAGAGGCAGAUCGAGAGGAAGCAAUCAACAACACAUGCUUAGUUAGUUACAAACUCUGUGUACAACGUAUGAUCUGAGCUUGCAUCCUUCUCCAGUGGUAUUGCAUCAUCUUGGUGAAACCCAUACUCUAUUUCAAAGAGUAUAGAUUUACAUAAUUUAUUCUCAAGUAAUCAGUGGAAUUUACUAUCUGACAUUGAAGAAGCUAUAUAUCUCAACUAGGUAGAUCUACAUGAGCUACAGCUACUGCAUACUCAGAGAACAUCUCAAAACCAGAUCAAGAGUAAGCAAUCAACAACACAAGCUUAGUUACAAACUCUGGAGUCCCUAAUGGACAACAUAAAUUCAGUCAUUGAUUUUGUGAUGGCCAUUGGCCCUACAGUUUGGAAAUAUGUCAAGUAUCAAAUAUAUCACAACCAUUAUGUGAGUGAAUUCCAAAACAUGCAAAACAACCUGAAGAACCGACAAGAUGUCAUUGAGAGAAACUUGAAAACACAGCAGCUCAAACAGCCCGGAAAGAUUACAAAUAAGGAAGUUGAAGCUUGGCUGGAGAAAGUGCGCCAAGAAACUGACGAAAAGGUGGUUGAAGAUUUGAUCUGUAAAGGGGGCUGUUUCACAUAUAUUUGCUCAUCAAGAAGGCUCGAUAAAAAGACUCAAGCACUGAAUGAAGGAAUAUUUAACCUAGGAGAAAAAUACACUAAUGCUGGUGAGACUUUGGUUGUGGAUGAUCACUCAAGAAAAGGAGUUCCACAGCUUGCUGAAAAAUGCAUUGCACGGGAUGAGGUACAAGAAGAAAUUUUGCAACUGUUGAGGGGGGACGAGGUUGCAAGAAUUGCAGUUUGUGGAAUGGGUGGCGUGGGCAAGACAACAAUCAUGAAGCAAGUCUACAACCAUCUAUUGAAAGAACCUAAAUUUAAUAAAGUUAUUUGGGUAAAAGUAUCAAAAGACUUUGAUAUUAUUGUCCAGCAAAAAAAACAGUUUGAUGUUCUUAAGUUUCAGAAGAGCAUUGCAAGAAAAUUGGGAAUAGAACUGAAGAAUGAGGAUCAAGAUACAACUGAGCUUGCGGAACUGAUAUCACAAACAUUGCAACAGCGCAAUUGUGUGCUAAUUCUGGAUGAUGUGUGGGAGCCUUUUUCUCCAGAAAUUGUUGGAAUCCCUGGUCUACUUGGAAAUAAUGGUUGCAAGUUAGUGCUCACGACACGGAUACAACAAAAGGUUGCUCGUGCAAUGGAGUGUGAAGUGAUCCUUGUGAAGCCUCUUUCAGAUGAUGAAGCAUCAAGAUUAUUCUUAGAUAAAGUUGGAAGUGCCCUGUUAUCCAAUCCCAAAUUCAAAAGUGAUAUAGAACCAUUUUUCAAUCAGAUUUUGAAGAAAUGUAACGGUCUACCCCUUGCUAUUGGGACAGUGGCAAAAACCAUGAAAGGAAAAUUUGAUCGUUGCUCAUGGGAGAUGGCAGAUAAAGAAUUGAGCAACUCUGAAGAAAUUUUCGAUUGCUUGAAAUUCAGUUAUGAUAACUUAGAAGAACCAUGCAAGAACUGUUUCCUAUAUUGUGCAUUAUAUCCUGAGGAUCAUGAAAUCCCCAAAGAGGAAUUAAUUGAGUGUUUGAUUGAGGAGGGAUUUAUAAAAGAUAGAAGCGGAUCUCGGCACUUAAUGAAUAGUGAGGGCCAUGUUAUUCUUGGGAAGUUAAUAGACAACUGCAUGUUGGAAUUGGUUACAGAAGAUGAAGAGGAACAUUGUGUGAGUAUGCAUGAUCUUCUCCGAGAAAUGGCGUUGAAUAUCAGUCCUCGAUUCAUGGUGAAAGCUGGCAUGGCCUUGGAAGAGCUACCAGAGGAGCAUGAAUGGAAAGAAGAUCUUUUGAAGGUUUCUCUAAUGAAUAAUAACAUAAGAGAAAUUCCUUCAAGCAUGUUGUCUCCCAAGUGUCCAGUGCUCACAACCUUCUUGUUGUCCAGUAAUAAUAUUACAACAAUUCCAGAAGCUUUUUUUGAUCAGAUGCUUGGGCUGAAGAUCCUUGACCUUUCCGGAAAUUACAAGCUAGAUAGGCUGCCGAGUUCUGUUUCCAAAUUGGAGAAUCUUACCACACUACUGUUGGAGGAUUGUCGGUCCUUAAAAGAGGUACCAUCUUUAUCCAACUUUCGAGCCUUAAAAAAGUUAGAGCUUUCUGGGACAUCAAUUGAAGAACUACCCCAAGGCCUCAAUAUGUCAACCAAUAUGAAAUUUCUUCAUCUUGGUGAAAAAUUAUUUGAAAUACCUGAUGGAUUACUACAAAAUCUCUCCAACCUUCAGUAUUUACUAGGAGGUUUUAGUAUACCAUUGAAAGGGGAGGAGAUUGGAAAAUUGAGGAAGUUGGAAUUUCUUUCUGGCAGGUUCUCUACGGUGGAUGAUAUGAGCCUCUUUGUCAAUUCUAAACGAAAGUUGCUAAAUGGGUACUUUUUUUAUGUUGGAAGUCACAAAGAAGAAGAAAGAUUUCAUAAUAUUAAAAUUCGCUUUUCAAGUAGUAUGAAAUGGAUUUUCUGCUGUCAUAUUGAUAUCUUUGGGGAGGCUAAUUGGUUACCAUCUGAUGCACAAGGCUUCUACAUCUUCGACUGCAAGCAUGUGAGAAUCUUGAACGACAUUUUUAGCUUUCAAAAUGCAACCGACUUGCGGCAUUGCAUUGUUGUUGAAUGUGAUGGCCUGGAGUUUGUGGUUUCCUUGCGCUGCUUAAAGCCACUUCAAAACCUUGAGUCGCUGUACCUUUAUGAUUUGCCUAACUUGAAUGCAAUGUUUGGGGAUUUGCCUAACUUGAAUGCAGUGUUUGGGGAUGUAGGAACAGUUGCUAAGUCAGCAUCGCUGCCAACUGGCACUUUUUCUUUCCUUCAAAAAAUUAAGGUCAAGAGAUGUGACAAAAUAAAUAAGUUAUUGCCACUGGGGCUGUUGCCGUAUCUCCAGAAUCUUCAGACUAUUAAGGUUAAAGAAUGUGAUCAAAUGGAGGAGAUAAUAUGGUCCAAUGAUGAAGCAGGAGGAGAAAAAGCCCCAAAAAAACUCACUCUACCCAAGUUAGAAAGGUUGGUAUUGUAUGAAUUGCCCGCAUUGAAGAGCAUCUACAGUGGUUUCAGUACUGUUUUGAUCUGUGAUUCCAUCAAAAGGAUUGAAAUUAGGGGUUGCGACGAAAUAGAGAGUGUUUUUGGGUCGGAGUUCAACCCAUUUCCAACCCUUGAGUAUCUGAAGCUUUGGAGCUUAGAGAAUCUAAAAUCCAUGUUUGAUGAAGAAGCACUUGGUUCAUCGGCACCUCCCCUCACCUCUUUCUCUCUUAAAACAAUUGGUGUGUAUAAUUGCCCUAAAUUAAAGAAAGUAUUCUCACCUGGAUUGCUGCUACGCUACUUCCAAUCUCUAGAGACUAUUGAAGUUGAUGACUGUAACCAAAUGGAGGAGCUGUUUUCAUCAUCGACAUAUGAAGAAAUAGAAACCCUAGAAAAAAUCACUCUACCCAAUUUACAAAGUUUGGAAUUGAACAAGUUGCCCGAAUUGAAGAGCAUCUGUAGCAGUUCCAGUGUGUUGAUUUGUGAUUCCAUCAAGAGUCUGGAGAUUGGCAACUGUGAGAAGCUAAAGAGGAUUCCUCUGCAUCUUUCCUCACUUGACAAUGGCCAGCCUCCUUCCCUCAAACGAAUUGAAGUAGACACAAAAGAACACUGGGAAUCAUUGGAAUGGCACCAAUCCAAUGCAAAGGAUGUCCUUCUACCUUCUGUAUAUUUCUAUUGGGAUGACUGAAGCAGAGGAGUGCAGGCUCUUUGGUGAUUGGGUGGUGCAAAUCAAAGCUGGAGUUGGACUCUGUUACCACAAGAAAGCCGGAGGAAAUCACAUUUGCUUGCACCUGUUGUUGUUGGAUUUUCAAUUUAAUAUACAUAGGCUUGCUCUUUUAUUUUAUUUGUGUGUUGUGAUUUUAAAUAUGUCAAAUUCUUAGUGAAAAUGUUUGUUUCUUUAUCUGUGUAAUUUUGUAUUUCAAUCCUAUGUGGAAGGAUUUGUCUUAUUUCCGAUGGUAUUUCUUCCUUUGUAUCACCAUCUUUGCUUUUAUUGUAAUAAAUAAGCAUUUUAGCU